AUGACGUACACAGCGUCCGCACAGCAAGCCGGUGGAGGCCGAGCGCGCGGAAUCGAUGAUGGCGUGCCGGCCGUGGGCCCGGACGAAGGUCCUGGCUCGAAAACGCGAGCAGAGGCCGCCGUGUGGGGCCACGGCGAGCCUCGGAGAGAAAGGUCAGCACCCUAUCUCACGCGGUCGGUUGGGUACAUUGCGACCAGGGAGACUAAACAACCAAACCCAGUCGGGGGCCUCUGCCCCAGCCUCGCGGUUGCGGAGCUGCACGCGCUCGGUGGCGAACUCUGCUCACACCGAGCAGCUGUGGUAGCGGCAAUAGCAGACAGGUCCAUCCAUGGAGCGAACGGCAGCACGGCCUUCUCGCAGCCCGGCGCCGCAGCGGCCGCCGCCCUCGCCCUCUGCGCCGCAGCCGUGGCCUCCUUCGCCUCCGGCUCGUUUGAGCUUGGCGCCUGCUGCGCUGUCUCGAUUGCCACGCUUCUUCUGCGCGCCGCACUCGACGACUCUCCAGUAGUGGACGGCAACGACUUUGAGGUUGUUAUUCGCGCCACAAAGGAGAUGGAGUAUCUGCUCGAGGAGAGCUUCCGUGCGCCACCGACAGCAGGCCUUCACGAAAAGAUCAGCGUGGCCCAGACGCCGGCGGGUCAGCCGCUGCCGGAAGGAGUCGUCCGCCGAAUGCGGAAGCUGGUCACGAUACGCAACCAGUUGGUGCACGAUCGAGGGGUGAACGCCGUCGACCGUGCCGCCUUCAGGGACGGUUGGGCGGCGGCUGAGCGAGAGCUGCGUACGCUUCUGCCCGCCGACUCCAUGCCGUUCUGCGUUAUAUCUUGA